AUGGAACUACUCAUGGUGUUGUCCGCAGUGAUGGGUACUUCCCCAAAGACAUUCCUGCUCCUGGGAUGUCUCCUGACAGGACCAUGGCUAACUUUCUGCCAGCUUCCAUUGCCGACUGUUCUUCCGAAUAGAGAUGAAAUGGUCGUGCAACUGAAUGCCUCGUUUACUCUGAAAUGCUCUGGAGACAGCGAAGUGACCUGGCAAUACCCAAUGGCUGAAGGAAGCCACAGAAUAGACAUUAGAAAUGAAGAGAACAACAGUGGUCUCUUUGUGACUUUGCUGGAAGUGGGGAAUGCCUCAGCUGCUCAUACCGGAUUAUACACUUGUUACUACAAUCAUACUCAAGAGGAGGAUGGGGAGGUGGAGGGGAAGGAUAUCUACAUCUAUGUGCCUGAUCCAGAUAUACCCUUCGUUCCUCUACUACCAGAGGAUCAAUUCAUCCUAGUAGAAGAUGGUGAUUCCACCAUUAUCCCUUGUCGUACAAGUGACCCUAAUGCUCAAGUAGCUUUAGUUAACAGUGAAGCCAAGGUCGUAUAUGCCUAUUAUGACAGCAAACAAGGCUUCCUAGGAAAUUUUCCUGCAGGCUCAUACACAUGCCAAACAACUGUUAAAGAAGUGGAGUUCAAGUCAGAUCAGUUUUUCAUCUACAUUUUGAAAGCUACUUCAGAGCUGCCAGUUGAGAUUGAGGCCCUUAAAACUGUAUAUAAAACAGGCGAAACGAUUGUUGUAACUUGUGUGGUCUUUGACAACGAGGUGGUUAAUUUACAGUGGAAUUAUCCAGGGAAAGUGAAAGAAAAAGGUGUGAUAAAAGUUGAUGACAUUAAAGUUCCCUCCCAGAAGCUGGUUUACACUUUGACCAUUCCUGAGGCUUCAGUGAAAGAUACCGGGGAUUAUGAAUGUACGGCCCGACAUGCAACCAAGGAGGUUAAAGAAAAUAAGAGAGUAGUCAUUACAGUUCAUGAUAAAGGAUUCAUUCAUCUGGACCCCCAAUUUAGCCCUUUGGAAGCUGUCAAUUUACAUGAGGUCAAAAAUUUUGUAGUGGAUGUGCAGGCGUACCCAGCUCCAAAAAUGUUCUGGCUGAAGGACAAUGUGACUCUGACUGAGAAUCUUACAGAGAUUGUUACCAGUUCAAACAAGAUCAAUGAGACAAGGGUCCAAAGUAUAUUAAAACUGAUUCGGGCCAAGGAAGAAGACAGUGGAGAUUAUACUUUGGUUGCUGAAAAUGGAGAAGAGACUAAAAGCUAUACUUUCUCAUUGCUAAUACAAGUUUCAGCUUCAAUUCUAAAACUGGUGGAUCACCACGGCUCUGGAGGGGGACAGAUGGUCCAAUGCUUGGCAAAAGGGACGCCUUUCCCUGACGUGGAAUGGCUGAUUUGCAAGGACAUUAAAAAAUGCAGUAAUGAUACCUCAUGGAUGCUUUUGACUAACAACAUCUCAAAUAUACACAUGGAGGCUCAUCGGGUUGAUAAGGACCAGGUGAAAAGCCAGGUGACCUUCCAAAAGGUAGAAGAAACCCUGGUAGUACGGUGCAUGGCGAGGAACACUCUUGGUGCUGUUACUCGGGAACUGAAGCUUGUGGCUCCUACAUUGCGAUCAGAAUUAACUGUGGCUGCAGCAGUCCUAGUGUUAGUAGUGAUUGUGAUUAUUUCACUGAUUGUCCUGGUCAUCUUAUGGAAACAGAAACCAAAGUAUGAGAUAAGAUGGAGAGUAAUUGAGUCUAUCAGCCCUGAUGGCCAUGAGUACAUUUAUGUGGACCCAAUGCAACUGCCCUAUGACUCAAGAUGGGAGUUUCCUAGAGAUGGAUUAGUACUUGGUCGAAUCCUUGGUUCGGGCGCGUUUGGGAAAGUAGUUGAAGGAACUGCAUAUGGAUUAAGUCGCUCUCAACCAGUGAUGAAGGUAGCUGUGAAAAUGCUGAAACCCACAGCUAGAUCCAGUGAAAAACAGGCACUAAUGUCUGAACUGAAGAUAAUGACACAUCUUGGGCCUCAUUUGAACAUUGUGAAUCUCUUAGGAGCUUGUACUAAAUCAGGUCCAAUUUACAUCAUUACUGAAUACUGCUUUUAUGGGGAUUUGGUAAACUACCUGCAUAAAAACAGGGAUAAUUUCCUGAGCCGACAUCCAGAAAAGCCAAAGAAGGACUUGGACAUUUUUGGGAUGAACCCAGCUGAUGAAAGCACAAGAAGUUAUGUCAUUUUAUCCUUUGAAAACAAUGGCGAAUACAUGGACAUGAAACAAGCUGAUACGACUCAGUAUGUGCCAAUGCUGGAACGGAAGGAGGGUUCUAAGUAUUCGGAUAUCCAGAGAUCAAUGUAUGAUCGGCCUGCUUCAUAUAAGAAAAAAUCUGUGUCAGAACCAGAAGUCAAAAACCUGCUUUCUGACGACAAUUCUGACAGCCUCAGUUUGCUGGAUUUACUAAGCUUCAUGUACCAAGUUGCACGGGGGAUGGAGUUCUUGGCUUCUAAAAAUUGUGUGCACCGUGACUUGGCAGCUCGUAAUGUCCUUCUGGCUCAAGGAAAAAUUGUGAAGAUCUGUGACUUUGGUCUGGCUAGGGACAUCAUGCAUGAUUCCAACUAUGUCUCCAAAGGCAGCACUUUUCUCCCAGUGAAAUGGAUGGCACCUGAAAGCAUUUUUGACAAUCUAUACACAACAUUAAGUGAUGUCUGGUCUUAUGGCAUUCUGCUGUGGGAGAUAUUUUCUCUUGGUGGCACACCAUACCCUGGCAUGAUGGUUGAUUCUUCUUUCUACAACAAGAUAAAAAGUGGCUACCGAAUGGCAAAACCUGACCAUGCUACCAGUGAAGUGUAUGAGAUUAUGGUGAAAUGUUGGAACAGCGAACCGGAGAAAAGACCUUCUUUUUACCAUUUGAGUGAAAUUGUGGAGAAUCUGUUGCCUGGCGAAUACAAGAAGAGCUAUGAAAGGAUUCAUCUGGACUUCCUGAAAAGCGACCACCCAGCGGUCACGCGCAUGAGAGUGGACUGUGACAACACCUACAUCGGUGUCACUUACAAGAAUGAAGACAAGCUAAAGGACAGGGAGAGUGGAUUUGAUGAGCAGAGGUUGAGCGCUGACAGUGGCUACAUCAUCCCCCUGCCCGACAUUGAUCCCGUCUCCGAAGAUGAACUUGGCAAAAGGAACAGGCACAGUUCCCAGACAUCUGAAGAAAGUGCCAUUGAGACUGGUUCAAGCAGCUCUACCUUUAUCAAGCGAGAGGAUGAGACCAUUGAGGACAUUGACAUGAUGGAUGACAUUGGAAUAGAUUCCUCAGACCUGGUUGAAGACAGCUUCCUGUAA